AUCAUUAAAAUUUCAUUUCCAAGUAAGCGUUAAUGCAGCAGAGGUCGUCGCCUAGUGAUGACGUGUUCCAAACAAAGCCGCUCAGAGAAAAAUUCUUGUGGAUAAAUGAACUAUUUCUAAUACAGAGAACAAAGACAACAGUUGCAGCUAUGUCAGUGAAUUAUGCUGCUGGGCUCUCUCCGUACGCAGAUAAAGGUGUCUGCGGACUGCCUGAGAGUUUCGACAGUUCUGAGGAGCUGAAGGCAAAAGUGGAGAGCCUUGCUCAGCUGAUCAAAGAAUCUGAGUACUUGGUCGUCCACUCUGGAGCUGGAAUCAGCACCUCAUCAGGCAUCCCUGACUUCAGAGGUCCCAAGGGUGUGUGGACGCUGGAAGAAAAGGGCGAGUCACCUCACUUCGAUACCACAUUUGAAGAUGCCCGCCCCAGUUUGACUCACAUGGCCCUCCUGGGACUGCAAAGGGCAGGAUACCUGAAAUACCUCAUCAGCCAGAAUGUCGACGGGCUGCAUGUUCGAUCAGGCUUCCCCAGGGAUAAACUAUCAGAGCUUCAUGGAAACAUGUUUGUGGAGGAAUGCGAGAAGUGUGGCAGGCAGUACGUGAGGGAGAAGGUGAUCGGUGUGAUGGGGCUGAAACCGACAGGACGUUACUGCGAGGUGGUACGGUCCAGAGGGCUGAGGGCCUGCAGAGGAAAGCUGAUCAGCACCAUACUGGAUUGGGAGGAUGCUCUGCCUGACAGAGACCUGAACAGAGCAGAUGAUGCAAGCAGACGAGCAGACCUGGCACUGACUCUGGGCACGUCCAUGCAGAUCAAACCCAGUGGGGACCUCCCACUCCUCACAAAGCGCAAAGGAGGGAAAGUGGUUAUAGUCAACUUGCAACCAACCAAACAUGACAAACACGCCCACCUGCGUAUCAACGGUUACGUGGACGAUGUCAUGAAGCAGCUGAUGGAGCUGCUGGGUUUAGACAUCCCAAAGUGGGAGGGACCCACCGUCUGCGAGAGCUCCACUUUCUCGCCCGAGACCACCGCUGACACCAAGCCUCCUCGCGGCGUUUCUGCAAAGGACAAAGUGAAAAAGGACAAAAUCAAGGAGGAGAGGAAAAGGGAAGCAACGCAGCCGACGGAGGACGCCGGCGUGAAAGACGAGACAGUUUCAAUAAAGCGAGAACGAGCAGAUUUUUCUGCGGAGACAGGCGAAAAGGAAUAACCUCUGGAUAUUUUUUUGUUGUUGUUCCUCAGGACUCGUCAAAACCACAAACACAAACCCGUCCAGAGGCUUACUCAUGAGCUGAAAGUUUGAUCAACUUCAGAAAUAA